AUGUCUCUUGAAACUCUUGAGAUGCUACGCCAGCGUGGAGCAGCACGAGCCGCAGGGAACCAAGAACUCACGUCCGAGCUCGCAAGGCUUUGCAGAGAGGCGAUAAAGGAAGACAUUAAAGGGAGAAGAGCAGCAGUGCUGGUUAAAGCUGCAGAGGCGGAAAAAACAUCCGCUAUGUCCGUCGAGACUUCGCCAGUCGCAAGACGAGGAUGA